AUGUCGACCAACUUUCAUGCCCUCGUCUUUGGUGCUUCUGGGAUAUCAGGUUGGGCUCUUGUGAAAGAGGCUCUGAGCUUUCCCACUCCCACCACUUUCCGUCAAGUCACCGCUCUCUCCAAUCGUCCCCUGUCCAUUUCAGAUGCUCACUGGCCCGAUGAUCCACGACUACACCUAGCCAGCGGCAUUGAUCUCACUGCACCCGUCGACACUGUUGUUGAGAUGCUGAAGCAAAAGGUCUCCAACAUCGCCACUGUUAGCCACGUUUUCUUGUUUGUCUACCUUGACCCGGGAAAGGACCACAAGACACUCAAAGAGGUCAAUACCAAUCUGAUCCGAACCGCUGUUGAGGCUGUACAAAAGGUGUCGCCUAAUAUCAAGAGCUUCAUCCUACAAACUGGUGGAAAGUCAUAUGGACUAGAACGGCCCGAUGUCGUGAAAAUUGUGGCGCCACUCAAGGAGACCUAUCCCCGUGUCCCGAUGCCCUUGGCCGACGAUAUCUUCUACUACUCACAGUAUGAUGUUCUCGCCGUUCUGUCCAAGGGAGCAUCAUGGACAUUCACAGAAAUCAGGCCGGACGCCAUGAUUGGGUUCGUGCCAGGGACAAACGUGAUGAAUAUCGCACAAGGCCUGGCAUUCUACCUCAGUCUGUAUCGCGAAGUCCACGGAGUGGGAGCCAAGAUUCCGUAUCCUGGGGCUGAACAUGGCUAUCGUCACAAACACACAGACACCUUUCAAGACAUUGCAGCCAAGAUGGAAAUCUACGCAGCAGUGAACCCAGACAAGUGCGGCUCUGGCAAGACUUUCAACGUGGCAAACGGGGAUGUGAUGACUUGGGCUGACAAAUGGCCUCGAAUUUGCGCUUACUUCGGCCUUGAAGGGAUCGGUCCUCAGGGCACUUUCGAGCCACCCGCAGAUUUUGUGAAGAAGCACAUUGAUGUCUGGAACACUAUAGUCAAGAGGGAAGGCCUCAAAGCCAGCCGCCCGGACUUGUAUUACUGGCCCUUUUUGGAUGUUCUGAUGGACAAGGCAUUUUUUGAUCGGCACUACGACCUAAACGCGGCUCGAGAAGUCGGCUUCGAGGAAACCAUCGAUACUGUCAAAGCCUAUGAGAUUGCUUUUGACAGAAUGAGAGCGGCAAAGAUCAUUCCAUAG